UCUAAAUUUUCGCUCGUUCUGGUCGAUUCGCACGUGGGCUCUAGACGUUCAACGUGCAGACUUGCCUGGUUUUCUGAUACCGGUAGCAGUAGUACGGUAGUAGGCCUAGUAUUUUAUUUCGUAAACAAUGUCAAAUAGUUUACAUGCAAUCAAUCAUCAUUUUUUUCGUCAACAUUUCAAAAUUAAUUUCAAGGCAUUGUGACGAGGCUGUAACGAAGCCACCGUUAGGUCAUCGGGUCAGUCACAGCCUUUAAAAAUAUAAAAUUACCAUUUUGUCAACGAAAUUGAGCUAAAGUAACACACACUGAAACUAGCCUAAAUUAACACAGAAGAGAAACAAAAACACAAUUGCACGCUGCGAUUUCUAGAUUUACAUGUCAGGAUUUGUGAUUGCACGCCCGUUUUAAUCGUGGUAAAAGUCCAUGAAAUCAAGACUGAUACUAAAUCCAGGCUUUUUAUCAAAACCUAAGUCUUGUCUGCAGGCACAGUGUGCUUAGCAGCCUAAAUCUACAACUGCAGUACAACAAUCAAUUUCGGAAUUUAUUCGCAAGAGCAGUUAAAAUGGUAUUGAUUACCCGGUAUCUUACUAUAAUUUCUGGUUGAACAGUUAUUUCGUAAAAACUGGAAAAUAUAGCCUACAAAAUGCAGGCUUGUUCAUUUUGCGGAAUUAAAGAGAAAAUAAUGAAGAGAUGUGUACAAUGUCGAAUUGUCUUUUAUUGUUCAAGGAAAUGCCAGAUAGAUGAUUGGAAAACUCAUAAACUUUGUUGCGUUAAAUUUGAAUCUUCGAACAACAAUGGAAAGUUUGAUGAAGAUUCACAGAAGAUUGUGGAAAAUAAAUUGACGGACAUUAUCCAAUUCCCAAAUGCUUCAAAUACUUCAAUUAGUGUAAAAUGUAAUCACAAAAAACACGAAAUUUUGUUACAAAACGUUGAUUCUUGUUCUGGAGAAGAAUUGAUGGAAAAUAUCUCUAAAAAACUGAAAAUCCCAUUAACAUCUUUGAAACUUAUUGCAAAAGGAAAACUCAUAAAAGAAUCGAAUAUUUCUGAAAUGCUUUCGAAACAAAAAUGUAAAAAUUUUCAAGCUUUUGGUGAAGAAGCAGAGAAUGAGGAUGGGCUUGAUUUGGGUGAUAUUGAAGCAAUAAUUAAUGAACUUCAUGUCAGUAGAAAUCAAGCAAUUAGAUCGCUACGUUCAUGUAAUGGAGAUUUAAUUGAUGCGAUUAUUGAAUUAGGAAACAAAAUAUGACAAUGUUACAUUUCUAUAAUAUGGAAUUAGACUGUUUCUAGACAAAAGGGCAAAUGGUGCAAUUUUUUUGCUCUGGUUCGCUAAUCAAGGUUUCAUAUGUUUAAAAGUCAAAAAUAUAACAAAGUUUUCCUCACGUUUUGAAUAAAGGUUUUUUUUUUUGAUAUUCGUCUUUUUGGAUUGAAACCCUCCAAUUAUGAUACUUUAUGGCAGAUUAGACAUUUUGUUUUGACUUUGACUGUUUAUUAGGAUGAUAACUGAAAAAUUAUUUAUUUUCGUCAUGCUGUCACAUCAGAUGCAGUAGAACAUGAAAUUAUUCUAUAUAGAAGCUAUUCAUUCAUUACUUUACCAUAUCACCAUGGUAACAUCAAAGUAAUUCAAGGAAUGUUUUCACCCUUUCAGUGACAUUGUAAUUUAUCGUGUAAAAUUUGAUUUACCAGUAUAUCCUGUUCUACCAUAAAAUUAUUGCAUUAUUAAUAUUGGACAUUAUGAACAUCACUGAUAAUGUUCAAUACCUAUCAAAGGCAGAUGAUUAGUUGGUGCAAAUUGUCGGAUUUCAUUGGUACGAUUUUUUUGCUCCAGGAGGAUGUUUAUUUUCUUGUUCAGUGUUUCCUUUUUUCUUUUACAACUUGUCUAUUCACCCCAAAAUCAUAUUUAUAUGUUUUUAUGUAUCUAUUUAGUAGCCUACGUAUGUCUUCAAAUAAGUUUUUGAUAUAUUUUUUGAUCAAAUAACACAAAAUAUAUUGUUCACAG